AUUUUCUGCUUCUGUAACCUCAAACCCAAAACCUCAAUUUUUAUUUUUUUAUAAUGAGAAUAAAAUCAACAAAUUCGAUUCAAAAAUGGUAUAUUUAACUCGUAUAAUACUCGAAAAAAUAAAGAAACGUACAAGAAGAUAUUUGAAAGAAGGCUUUAGAGAUUCUCUACGCAUUUUCGUGUCCGGAGGUGCCGGUGGAAAUGGGCUUCCCAAAUUUGGAGGGGCCGGCGGAAAAGGUGGCGACGUUAUUGUAGAAGCCAAAGAGGGUAUCACUUUAGAUACAGUUUUCAAAUCCAAUGUCUCAAAAAGAUUUCUGGCCAAACCAGGAAAACACGCUUCACAUAACUUUAUCCUUGGACCACCAGGAGAAGACGUAACAUUUGAUGUGCCUGUCGGUGUUACUGUAUACACAGAACUUGGAAAGAAAUUAGGUGAAUUAAAUCAAGAAGGUGAAAAGUUAGUUAUUGCCAAAGGUGGAACAGGAGGACAUGCAAAAAAUGGUUUCUUAGGAACCAGAGGUCAGGUGUAUCACAUUAGACUGGAUCUUAAAUUAAUUGCUGAUGUUGGUUUAGUGGGAUUUCCUAAUGCUGGAAAGAGUACACUAUUAAAAGCUAUUUCAGAUGCCAAACCUAAAAUUGCAAGUUAUCCAUUUACUACAAUAAAACCAAAUCUUGGUGUCAUAAAUUAUAAUGAUCUUAGGCAAAUAUCGAUAGCAGAUUUGCCUGGUUUAAUUGAGGGAGCUUAUAGAAACAGAGGCAUGGGACAUGAGUUUUUAAAACACGUAGAAAGGACAAAAUUACUGCUUAUGAUUGUUGAUAUAAAUGGUUUUCAGUUAAAUCAUCAGUAUCCACAUAGAAGUUGUUUAGAAACCAUAAUGCUCUUAACAAAGGAAUUGGAAUUGUAUAAUGAGGAACUCCUAGAUAAACCUUCUAUGUUAUUAAUUAAUAAGAUGGAUUCUGAGGGUGCAGAACAUUUGUUUAACAACAUUAAAGGGCAAUUAAAAGAAUUAAAUAAUUUCAUAUCCCAAUAUGAAGAAAAUAUGAGACCCUCUAGGUUAUUAACAUUCUCACACAUAAUCCCAAUAUCAGCUAAAGAAGAUCGAAGUGAUAUUGAGCUUGUUAAGAAUAAGUUAAGGACUUUGUUAGAUGUAGUAAGUGAAAAUGAACAGUUAGAAAAUAACGAAAGUUAUGAUUUAUAUGGAGAAGUUACCAAACCACUUAAGGAAAGAGGGCCUAAGUUAAUUUGAAAAAAUAAA